AUGGCGAGGCUUAGGCUGGUCUUGUUUGUCGCCGUCGUCGUGUCCGCGGCGCUCACGCCGCCGUCCGCCGUCGCGCAGCUGAGGACGGACUACUACGCCAGCACCUGCCCCAACCUCGAGACCAUCGUCCGGGGCUCCGUCAGGCAGUCCAUGGCGCAGUCCAAGAUCGCCGCGCCCGCCGCGCUCAGGCUCUUCUUCCACGACUGCGCCGUCAUGGGCUGCGACGCGUCGAUCAUGAUCGUGAACUCGAACGGCGACGACGAGUGGCGGAACACCGCCAACCAGUCGCUCAAGCCGGAUGGGUUCCAGGCCAUUCUGAGCGCCAAGGCCGCCGUGGACAGCAACCAGCAGUGCCAAUACAAGGUGUCGUGCGCGGACAUCAUGGCCCUCGCCGCCAGAGAAGCCGUCUACCUGAGUGGCGGGCCGUACUACCAGGUGGAGCUCGGCCGGUUCGACGGCAGGGUGUCGACCAGGGACAGCGUCCGGCUGCCGGGUGUCAACUUCACCCUGGACCAGCUCAACGCCUUCUUCUCCGGCCUCGGCUUCUCCCAGGCUGAAACGAUCGCCCUCUUAGGUAAACGGCACCGCCUGCUGCUCAUCCAUCAUCUCAUCGGCCUUGCAAUAAUUGUCAGGCUCACCCUGACGGCCUGA